ACGGACAUUUUCCCAAGAAAUCAGCGUGUGUCCAUAUAUAUCUUUACAUUUACUUGGCUUAUUUAACUCUUCCUCGUCUCUUUGUAUUUUAUCUUAACACAACUCUUAGCAACAGUUCAUCCUCUGUUUCACUCGAAGAAAUUAUUGUAAACUGAGAAAGAAAAGGAUGGCGAAAUCUGAUGUUUUUAUUGGUUCGCUUGAUCAAGGGACGACGAGUACGAGGUUCAUUAUCUAUGAUCAUGACGCUAAGGCCAUUGGAUCACACCAGGUUGAGUUCACUCAGUUUUACCCAGAAGCAGGAUGGGUGGAACAUGAUCCAGUUGAGAUACUGGAGAGUGCGAGGAUUUGUAUGACGAAGGCUAUUGAGAAGGCUGCUGCUGAUGGUCAUAGUGUUGAGAAAGGAUUGAAAGCUAUUGGGAUUACUAAUCAGAGAGAGACUACGGUUAUUUGGAGCAAGUCAACUGGUGCCCCUCUUCACAAUGCUAUUGUUUGGAUGGAUGUUCGCACUAGUUCUAUUUGCAGGAGAUUAGAGAAGGAAUUAGAAGGGGGGAGAACUCAUUUUGUGGAGACGUGUGGUUUACCAAUAAGUACCUAUUUUAGUGCUUUGAAGGUGUUAUGGUUGUUUGAAAAUGUUGAAAAGGUUAAGAAAGCUGUAGAAAGUGGGGAUGCUUUAUUUGGAACUAUUGACAGCUGGUUAAUUUGGAAUUUGACUGGAGGGAUUGAUGGGGGGCAGCAUGUCACUGAUGUUUCAAAUGCAUCGAGAACGAUGUUAAUGAAUCUUAAGACUCUUGAUUGGGACAAGACGACGUUGAAAGAAUUGGGAAUUCCUAGCGGAAUACUCCCGAAAAUUGUUAGUAAUUCAGAGAUUAUUGGGAAGGUUACAGAGGGAUGGCCAAUUACGGGAAUACCAAUUGCUGGUUGUCUUGGUGAUCAGCAUGCAGCUAUGGUUGGCCAAGCUUGUAGGAAGGGAGAAGCGAAAAGCACUUAUGGGACUGGUGCUUUCAUUCUUCUAAACACUGGUGAUCAGAUGAUUAAUUCAACUCAUGGGCUACUAAGCACUGUGGCGUUUAAACUUGGUCCUAAUGCUCCAACAAAUUAUGCUCUGGAGGGAUCAAUUGCUAUUGCUGGAGCCGCAGUUCAGUGGCUCAGAGAUGGUCUUGGCCUAAUUGGUAGAGCAAGUGAAAUUGAAAAAUUGGCAUCAGAGGUUGAUUCCACUGGCGGGGUUUAUUUUGUGCCAGCAUUCAACGGACUGUUCGCUCCUUGGUGGCGUGAUGAUGCUCGUGGAGUUUGUAUUGGAAUCACAAGGUUCACAAAUAAGGCUCACAUUGCUAGGGCUGUACUUGAAAGCAUGUGUUUCCAGGUAAAAGAUGUGUUGGACUCGAUGCAUAAGGAUGCAAGUGAAGUGGAAAGUAAAGAAAAGUUUCUGCUUAGGGUGGAUGGUGGUGCUACCGUUAAUAACCUUCUAAUGCAAAUUCAGGCAGAUAUAUUGGGUAACCCAGUGGUAAGACCAGCAGAUAUUGAAACAACGGCUCUCGGAGCUGCAUACGCGGCUGGUUUAGCUGUCGGGGUCUGGAAAGAAGAGGAGAUAUUCUCUUCGGGUGAGAGGAUGAAGAUUGCUACCACUUUCAAUCCAAUUUUAGAGGAGGAAAAGAGAAAGAAAAAGGUGGAGUCAUGGUGCAAAGCCGUUUCCAGGACUUUUGACUUGGCUGAUCUAUCUCUAUAGAAAUUCAGUCUUCUUCUGUGUUUUGUUUUUGAAUCAUAUCCAUUCAUGUAUGGCAUUUGUGUGAUUAAAGGACAACCAUCAUGGUUUGAUAGCUAAGUUCAUGUGAUUAAGUUAAUAAAUAUGUAGUUUUGGGUUUUA